AUGGCCACCAUGCGAGCUGUUGAUAUCAAGGGCGGCACCGGCGAGCGCGAUGCCCUCUUCAUCAAUGCCGAAACACCCAAGCCCGUCCCUACUGAUGGCCAGGCCCUCGUCAAGAUCAAGGCCUUUGGCAUCAACCGCAUGGACAUUAUCCAGCGCCGCGGCUUCUACCCGCUUCCCCCACAGGCACCCAAGACACUGGGUGUUGAGUUCAGUGGUGUAAUUGAGUCGUUUGGUCCUGGCGACCACGAGCCCUUCAAGCUCGGUGACGAGGUGCUGGGUCUUGCCUACGGCGGCGCAUACGCUGAGUACAUCCAAGUCAGCAGCAAGAUGCUGAUCCACAAGCCCAAGAACCUGAGCUUUGAGCAGUGCGCCGCUGUCCCGGAGGCCUGGAUCACCGCCACACAGGCGCUGCACCUGGUGCUUGAGUUUGCCAAGGGCAAGUCGAUCCUGUGGCACGCCGGCGCCUCGGGCGUUUCGAUUGCAGGUAUCCAGCUGUCUAAGCUGGCAGGCGCUUCUGAGAUUUACGCAACGGCCGGCACAGACGCCAAGUGCGAGUUUGUGACGAGCAAGAUUGGCGCGACGGCCGCGUUCAACUACAAGACGCAGGACUGGGCUGCCGAGAUCAAGGAGAAGACGGGCGGCAAGGGCGUCGACUACAUUGUGGACUUUGUGGGCGGCACGUACUUCCAGAAGAACUUGGAUGUUGCGGCGCGCGACUGCAGAAUUGUGAUGCUGGGUACGCUGGGUGGUGCGCAGGUGCCUGAUGCCAACAUUGGUCCCAUCCUGUACAAGCGUAUCCGUAUUGAGGGAAGUACCUUGCGCAGCCGUGACGAAGAUUACCAGGGCAAGCUGCGCGACAGACUUGAGCAGUAUCUGCCCGAGUUUGAGUCGGGCAAGCUGCAGAUUAUCGUGGAUACUGUGCUGCCGUGGGAGCAGAUCCAGGAGGCGCACAAGUACAUGGAGGAUGCGAAGAACUCGGGCAAGAUUGUGUGCACGAUUUAA